AUGCGUUUGAGAGUGCGUGGGCCUUCGGGCCAGUCAACCGUCACGCUGGACGAUUCGGCCACCGUCCAGGACCUUCGGGAACAGAUCGCGGACAAGACAGGCCUCUCCUCCGGCUCCUUCGAUGUCAAAUAUGGAUAUCCAGAUCUCAAGCCUUUAGAUCUUGACCAUUUCCAAGCAACCCAACCACUAGCCGACAUAGGCAUCAAUCUAAACGGGGAGCAGCUUAUCGUCGCACAACGAGACUCUGCCGCGCCAACUAGCGAGACCACCACCAAGCCUUCUAGCUCUACCUCCCAAAAACCACCACAACUCCAACCACAGCCUUCGUCUUCCAUGUCGCAACAUCCAGAGAAAACCGCCGAUGAUCCACCGGAGAUCGCCUCCCCGGAACACGGCGGCACCUUCGUGCUGCGCGUUAUGCCUGACGACAACUCCUGUCUCUUCCGUGCGGUCGGAGCCGCGGUCAUGGGCGAUAUGGAUACGAUGGUCGAGCUACGGUCCAUCGUCGCAGGUGCCAUUCAGUCAAAUCCGACGGAAUACACAGCCGCUAUUUUAGGAAAGAAGCCGGACGAGUAUUGCCAGUGGAUCCAGAACGAGGAUUCAUGGGGCGGAGCCAUCGAACUCAAGAUUAUAAGCGAGUAUUUCAACAUUGAGAUCUGCUCCAUCGAUGUGCAAACCCUCCAUAUGUUCCAGUUCAAUGAAGGAGCCCCGACUCGCUGUAUAGUCGUGUAUUCGGGCAUUCAUUAUGACGUGCUCGCGCUCUGUCCUUCCGAUCCACCUCAUACACAUGCCAACCUGUUUGCGCCAAAUGAUACCAAGAUCUUUGAUGCGGCUGAUCCGGUUGUUGUGGAGAAGGCCAAAGAGAUGUGUCGUGUCUUGCAAAGUAAGCACUAUUAUACGGAUACGUCCGGGUUUUUGGUGCGCUGCAAUACUUGUGGGGGCACUUUCACUGGAGAGAAAGGGGCUACUAAACAUGCGGCGGAGACUGGCCACUACGAUUUUGGAGAAGCGGCUUAG